GGUAGUUGACUUUAAUGUUGUUUCAUCUGAAUAUUAGAAAUCCAAAAUGGAAGAAGUUUACGAAAAACCUAGUUCCACGAUUCUAUUCAGACAAUUAUCGACAGAUGAAACUGGUAGUUUGAUGGUAUUAGAUACGGCCGAUGUUUCGAAAAAUCAAGCUCCUAAAAUUGUUGACAUGAAGAUGAAAAACUUGAUAGAAGAAAAAUAUUCGGGCAAAAAACUGGCUAUUACACCAAACACAAGCGAUAUUUCACCUCAGGUUAGUAAGAUAGAAAAAUCUCUGUUUAUGAUGGAUUUGCAAAAAAAAUUAUCUUCGAAGCCCAUACCUCCCAAAAAACCUAAUCGUAACAGCGGAAAUUCGAAUAUCGAAGUGAAAAUUCCAGAAAUAGUGACCGUAUCAGCUCAGAACUUUCAGACCAGUAAAUUGGAGUGCGAUGAAGAAACAUCUCUUUAUGUGGAAAUGAGAUCACCUGUUUAUGAAAACUCUGAUAACUUUAAAAUCAUUAAAGAAACAGUAAAAUACAAUGAAGAAAAUGAUGGCGAAAAAGUAAUACAAUCUGGUGAUAACAUUAUAGAUAACUUCAACUCUCGUUUACCUCCUAUUUACGAAGAUUUAUCAGUGAAAAGAGAAAAAAAGGAUACUCCUGUCGCCUUGAUCAAAGCUAUGAAAAUGAAAUCACAGAGUUCGUCUGGUGACAGUUCUUGUCCAGAAUCGGAAUCAAAUUAUUUAAAUGUCAACGAAGAUAUGGCCACCCUACGUCCAAAAUCUCCAAAACCCAUAAUUGCCAAGAAUGAGAAAGAAGAAUCUUUCUGGGAUAAAAUUGGAACAUUAGGUCGCAAAAAAAGAAUUAAGGAAGUACAAGAAGUUCAAGAGGAGGGAAAAUAUGCCAUUGAUUCCCCAGGAUUUGCUGUUAUACCAACCAUAUCACCAGAAGAUUAUGACCUUGAGGAAAAUGAGGAACGUUCAGUCAUUAUGCCUAAGGCCUUUGAAGAUCCUAAAUUACGAGAACUCAUACAAGUUCUCAUCGAUUGGAUUAAUGAUGAAUUAGCGUCUCAAAGAAUAAUUGUGCAAGAUCUCACAGAAGAUUUGUAUGAUGGCCAAGUUUUCCAAAAACUUUUUGAGAUGCUCACAGGAAAUAAAUUAGAUGUUCCUGAAGUUACUCAAUCUGAAGAAGGACAAAAGCAAAAAUUAUCUGUUGUUUUAUCACAUUUCAACAGGGUACUGGGACUUCCUCAUAACCACAACAAAUGGAAUGUUGAAGUAAUCCAUUCUAAAAGCAUUGUCCCAAUUCUUCAUCUGUUGGUUGCUUUAGCCAGACAUUUCAGACCUCCAGUUCGUCUGCCAGAGAAUGUUUCAGUCUCUGUUACAGUAGUACAAAAAACCCAAGGGCAAUUAACACACCGUGUAGUACGGGAGGUUAUUACCUCUGAAUAUUCAGAUGUUGGAAUGAGAUGUGAAAGAGAUGCUUUCGAUACGCUAUUUGAUCAUGCACCUGAUAAACUACAAGUAGUCAAAAAGUCUAUGGUGACCUUUGUUAACAAACACUUGAAUAAACUAAAUCUUGAGGUUACUGAAAUCGAAAGUCAGUUUCAUGAUGGUGUUUAUCUUAUUAUGUUAAUGGGACUAUUGGAAGGGUUUUUCGUUCCUCUCUAUAGCUUCUUUCCAACUCCAAAAGACCAUGAUCAAAAGGUACAUAAUGUUUCUUUUGCCUUCGAGUUGAUGGAGGAAGUAGGGUUGGCUAGACCAAAAGCAAGACCAGAAGAUGUUGUAAAUUUGGACUUGAAAUCAACACUACGUGUCUUGUAUAAUCUCUUUAAUAAGUAUAAAACUCUUCUCUAAAAUGUACUGCCAUAAAAAUUAUUAAUAUUUAUUUUACAUUUAUAUACAGGAAUAUAUAUUUACAUUCUAAUAGAAUAGACUAGAGAAAUGUGCCUUUGUAGUGUUAGUUGAAUUAUAUUUAUGUAAUAACAUUAAUUAUCUAACAAUUCAAUUUAUAAAAAAAAUAUAUUUGUUAUACAAUGAA